AUGAAUGACAAGGCAAUAGUGGCGACAUCAAUAUUGACUAGAAGGUCGUUAUCACAUUUAACAACAAUUAUACUGAAGCCAUUCACUCAACAGUGUAUGAAAUGUAAUCAGAAGUUGAUACCAACAUUCAAACAAUCGGUUACGGUAUAUUUAUUCGAUCGUAUACGAACUGGAUCGAUAUACAAUGCAUCAUGUUGUGAUAUUACAUAUUUUCCAGAUUCUCUUAAAGAUGAUCGACAAGGAACAACCAUGAUUUGUGUACAAAGUAUUUAUAACCAAGAAUAUGUGUACUUUAGUGAAAAAAAUUGUUAUCAUAUAAAUGUUCUGAUCGAUUUUUCGACUCAGUUUCUAUCGUCUUAUACUGGCUUUCGCAAUUAUGCCGAAUGCUAUAACAAUCGGUUAAAACGUUUACAACAACAAAAACUCCAAAUGUAUGAGACAAUAAUUCAAGAUGAGCAUCCAUUAGAUCGAAGACAAUUGCAACGUGAUUGGUUUAUCUAUGAAUGUAGUCUGUAUUCAUUUUUCAUAAAACAAUUAGAUUAUUUUAUAAUAUCAUCGACAUUAAAUGACGUUCAUCGUUUGUCAUGUUUUGGCUACACACCACAACAAUAUAAAUGUUUGAGAACAUCAGAAAAGCAAUCCGAUGACGAUCAAGGUUGCGGACAAGCUUUUGUCACAGACGGUUUUCAAAAAAGCGACCGACAUAUUUGUUCAAAUAAGAAUAAAUUUAUAUCGACGAGGGAAUUUCCUGAACUACACUUCGGAUGUGGUCGAACGCCAUCAAGAAUCCCAAAUAGAAAAGCAAACAAUGGCGAACAAGCGCUAUAUCGUGAUACGUGUAAAGGUGCAUUAUUAAUUUCGGAUGAAAUGUGUAAAAACUCAAAUGAUGACGAGUCAAAAGGUAUUUUUAGUGGGUGUAACGUACGUCGAAUUGACCGUUUUGUUGGAAAAACGAGAAAAACAUCCAGUGGAAUUAUAUAUACCUAUAGUCCAUGCGGUAUUGUGUUGGCUUUCGACGAACUAUUCCGUUCAGAACAAGUAUUUAUUUGUCUCUGGCAUUGGUUCAAAUUAUUGGAUUGUGUUCAACAAUUCUACGAUGGUACAUUAAUAUCAAAAUGCUUUAUAUAUGAUAACGCAUGUUCAGUGUAUUUAUAUUUACAUAAAAAUUAUGGAAAAUUAAUCAAGAAAACCAAUGCAAGUCAAUUUGUAUUCGAGUCGGAAUUAUUUAUUGAUAAACUGCACCAGAAAAAUCACAGAAGAAAUAUGUGUGAAAACGAAAGAAACAUUAGAAAGCACCCGAAAUAUGCACACUUAAAUACUGUUGUCUGUGAACAGACUAAUUCUGUGAUAAAACAGUAUCAGAAUAAAUUGUCAGCGUAUUGUGGUCGUAGAUCAAGUAUCAUUUAUUUAUUAUUAUUUCAUCUGCUCAAUUGCAAACGAAAUGGUUUGGCUGGUGGCGAAUGCAGUAGACAAAAUGCGCGAAGACGCCAUUCGAACGAUCCCCAAGUACCAGGUAAGUCUGGGACACCGAAACGACCACGACAGCAACAUAAUGAGGAUUUCGAAAACGACCCGGAUGUUCAACAGAUCACUGGGAAAAAAGCGAGGCGUCUUCAACGAAGUGGAGUAAAUCAAACUUAUCCAAGUAGAGCUUACAAUAAUUUGAAUAGUAACUUCAACUCGAAUCAAAAUUUCAAUAAAAAUGGUCGACAAUAUAAUUUUAAUCAGAUAUAUUCUCCUCGAUUUCAAGAGCAGAAUGAAAACGAGCGAUCACAGCAACCUAGUCAAAUUAGUGUAUCUCCACAAGCGUUAAGCUCUAUUGAAAUUUUUAUUUAUUUUUGUAAUUGUACACAUCACCCCACGGAGUUGAACAAUGUGAAAUUGAAACCAAUUUUGCCAUCAAAAUUACCCGUACAACACGCUGUUAUUCUUAAAUAUAUUGAUAAUCACUUAUCGUAUGAAGAGGUGAAAAUGGAUAUUGAAGAAAAAUGA